CACCAGAAAAAGUGAUGUUUUUCCGCUGCUUGUAGAUCAGAAGGCUGGCUGUCUGCUGCUGGUAGCUAGCUGGGUCAUACAAGCACGCUGUUUUUCCGCGUGCUGGCUGUCCUCAAGGGGUAGUAUUUUUGCGUCUUUUUGCUGGUUGCCUGCCAGUUUCUGCACCUUGUUUUCUGGCUGCAGCGGAAAGCAUUUCUCAGCUGUUUACUCAUCCGUACUGCAAGGUGAUGUGCUGACAAUUGCGGAAGGCGUUAGUACGCAAGGGAGCUCGCUUGCUUGUUCUGUUUGGAAGAUAGGCUUGGUGCAUGCCAGCAUUUGCUGGUCGGGAGAAGCAUUGCUCUGGAAAAUCUUCAAAAAAGUUCCGCUAAUUCAAGAUGCAGUCAUGUAUGUCCUAUCCGGUCAGCCAAUUGAGGGUAUCCAUACCGAAACUCCCUCAACACGAUCCAACGUCUUCGCCUUCCUUCUUUUCGAGCUCUGCCAGCACUCGCACUUCUCUCAGAAGCUCGUUCGUCCAGACUUGGAGACAGGAUGCGAUGUCUCUGCGAUCGCCGCCUGUGCGACGCCAACAGUCGGUCUUUCGCGCGCUGGCUGCUGAUUCGCCGUCUCCUUCCUCAGGCAGCCGUUCUACAAACCGUUCUGCACACCAGAGUUCAGCCAACCCAGCCAACCCUAGACGCGGCUCAGUGACUCGGCGCGCAGCGGUGACCUCCGAGCCGACGCCGGAGUCUGGAGGGGAAGGGUCCAUGCGUCUUCCCUCCGCUGGAAGCCUAUUCAGAAAGAUCGCCUCGAGUAUCCCCUUGCCUCGCCAAACAAAUCCUCCUCAAACACCAUCCGCACCCUCUUCUUCAACUGCUGGCUCCUCGUCACCGUCGAUCGCAUCGGGAGAUUCCUCCGUCCCUCGUUCCGGCCUCAAGUCCUCGGCGGGUAUAAGGCCCCGGUCUAAGAGCGGCGGGGAUACGGAUCUGGACCCCAGCCGCGCGCUGCCGCUGCCCAUGACGUACCCAGACUCGAAGCCGCUUCCGUUAGAAACCGUGGAAGACAUGGUUCGAUGCGACCCUGAUACCCAGAACUGCAAGGAGGUGGUGUUUCAGUGGACGGGGAAGUGCACUCGGUGCAAUGGCGCAGGCUUCGUUUCAUUCCGAAGGAAGAAGGGGAAGGAUUUUUCAGGAAAAUGCAUCACGUGCCAUGGAAUAGGGUAUGUGAACAGAUUCACUGUGAGGGAUGACAUCCGUGUAAUGGAGGACCCGGACUAUCCUUGGAAUGAUGAAAGGCUGCGCUGAUGGAACAAGGGAUGCCAAUUGGAUGUACACUUCGUUGCCCACCAAAUUAUUUUGUUUGGAAGUGUCUAUGAUUUGAAGUUUCGGAACCUGCUUAAAUAUGGAAGAGA